CUGAGAUGUACGAACUUCCGGUUUUCCCGGCAGCUGCCGCCGCUGCAGCUUUUGCCUCCUCUGCCACCUGCUGCGGCCUGGUCUCAGCCCGGGAUUUGGUCACUUCUUUCCUGUUAUCGGUUGCGCCCAUGGUCUCUCUUGGAGCCAGGGCGGCGGGACCGGCUGCUCCGGCGUGGUGAGAGGCCGGUCCGGGGACGAUGAAGGCCCCGCACUGCAGCUGCUUCCUCAGCCGCGUUCUGGCCUCCGCCCUCUUGCUGCUGCUACUCCUGCCAGGAUUAAGAGGGCCCUUGGCGGUACUGCUGCAGGCAGCUGAGGCCGCUCCGAAUUCUGGACCCCCGGACCGUGGACCGCGGACCCUGCCCCCACUCUCGCCUGGCCCCACCGCCGCCCAGUCCCCGGGCCGGGGUCAGAUCGAAGCCGCGGGGCCGCGGGGCGCUGAAGGCGGCAAUGGCAGCAGCCCCAGGGCUGGGCUUGCGGCGGAGGACCUAGCGGGGAAGGCGGGGGAAGAAGGCUCAGUGGGUGGCGUCCUCGCUGUGAGCCCCAACCCCGGCGACAAGCCCAUGACCCAGCGGGCCCUGACCGUGUUGAUGGUGGUGAGUGGCGCUGUGCUGGUGUACUUCGUCGUCAGGACUGUCAGAAUGAGAAGAAGAAACCGAAAGACCAGGAGAUACGGAGUUUUGGACACUAACAUAGAAAACAUGGAACUGACACCUUUAGAACAAGAUGAUGAGGAUGACGAUAACACAUUGUUUGAAGCCAAUCACCCUCGAAGAUAAGAAUGUGCCUUUUGAUGAGAGGACUUCAUCUUUCUACACUGAAAAGCAGAAUUUCUAUGUUUAAGGAAUAAGAAGCCACUUUAUCAUUGGGGGGGUAUUUAAGUUACAUAUAUUAUGACAACCUUUAAUUUGUUGUUGCAGUAAAUACUUUAUCAUUUGCUAUAUCUCUGUAUAUAUAGAGAUGCUCUUAAUGGGCUUAGAGUUACUGGGAGUAAACUGUACUAUAAUAGAAAUCUGUUUGAAAAUUACUUUAAAGCAGUGUUUACUGAUCAUUUUUUGUUUCUUGCUUACCAUGUUAUUGUAAACUGUUUUAUAUAGUAAUCAGUUAAUUUUUUUUUUUUGCUGGUUAAUUAUUUUUUUGCUGGAACUGCAAAUUCCAACAAGUAACUGGUGUGUAAAAAUAAUUUAAAAAUUUCUUUACCAAGAUAUAUUUCCCAUUUUUGUGGGGAAAAGAAGCCAAGUUUAUUACUUUGCAUUUGAGUUUUUUAAAUAUUAAUAAUUGUGUGAGUUGUGUGCAAAACAAUAAAUAUGAUUUAAAAUUA